AUGUUAAUUCUUCUGGAGAGUCUGACUGCCUUUCUAGAAAACAAAUUAGAAAAUAAGAGAGCUCUUCUAGAGAAGAAGCAGAGAAAGAAACGUCUUGAUCCCUUGAUGGUACAGCCAAAUCCUGAGGCAAAGCUGCGUAGGUCAAAGCCCAAAGGGUGUGAGGAGCAGACUCCUUUAGUAGAAACUCCUACCCUUUUCCACAGUGAUGUUAUGUUACAUGGCAUUGAUGGACCAGCUGCUUUCCUGAAAUCAGAAGUGCAAGAUUUGGGGACCAAACUCCAAAGUCUCUCUGCUGGAUCUUCCAAAACAGAAGACAAUGCAGAUCAGGAAAAUGAUGGAGACGCUCUAACAGACACAGCAGGCAAGCCAGAUUUGCAAGAAAUCUUACAGAAACGAGGAAUUUCAGGCAGUUUGAAUUUUGAUGAGGACACAGAAGAGGACGAAGCUAGUAAGAGACUAGAAUCUCAUUCACCGUAUCCUGAAUCUGAGAGGCCUAGCUCUGCAACCAGUGAGAAAUCUUUUGCAGAAACAGGUGCUUCCUGUAGUCCAUCCUCUCAGGCAGAUGCACCGCUGGGAGAAGUAGAGAACUUGGAGGAUUUUGCAUUACGCCCUGCACCCCGUGGUAUUACAGUCAAAUGUCGAAUCACUAGAGAUAAGAAGGGAAUGGACCGGGGCCUCUUCCCUACUUAUUACAUGCAUCUGGAAAGGGAUGACAACAGAAAGACGUUCCUUCUUGCAGGGAGAAAACGAAAAAAGAGCAAAACAUCCAAUUACCUCAUAUCAGUUGACCCAACUGAUUUAUCCCGGGAAGGGGAAAGCUUCAUUGGAAAACUCAGGUCAAACCUCAUGGGAACUAAAUUUACAGUCUAUGACCAUGGAGUUAGCCCAGUCAAGGCACAAGGUCUAGUGGAAAAGGCUCAUACAAGACAGGAGCUUGCAGCUAUUUGUUAUGAAACCAAUGUGUUAGGAUUCAAGGGUCCCAGAAAAAUGUCUGUGAUCAUUCCAGGAAUGAAUAUGAAUCAUAAGCGAAUUCCAAUCCGUCCACGAAAUGAACACGAGAGUCUGCUGUCAAAAUGGCAAAACAAAAAUGUAGAGAACCUCAUUGAGUUGCACAACAAGGCUCCAGUCUGGAACGAUGAUACUCAAUCCUAUGUUUUGAACUUCCAUGGGAGAGUCACUCAAGCCUCAGUGAAGAACUUCCAGAUUGUCCAUGACAAUGACCCUGACUACAUUGUGAUGCAGUUUGGUCGUGUAGCAGAAGAUGUGUUCACUCUGGACUAUAAUUAUCCUCUCUGUGCUCUUCAGGCCUUUGCUAUUGGACUCUCCAGCUUUGAUAGUAAAUUGGCCUGUGAAUGAGAUACAACGGAUUUGAAACAUGGAACUCACUCCCAUCCCUGCAUCUUCUUGUAAGAGUUCCAGGUGGAGUAAUGAAAAGCACAUUGGGGAUGGAAGGGAACUGGAGGACAGACUUCUGCAGGCCUCAGAGCAUUAUGGUAGUUGUCAGCAGACCAUCUUAGGACACAGUCCCAAAAUUGAGCAGUCUCUGU